CGCUUGGGCUUGCGAGUGUAUUGAUAAAUCGAGCAGCUGAUUUGCACGCGUGCGAUACUUUGCCCAUCACUGCUUUAAAAGCAAUGUAAACGAAAUAUUUUCAACGGCAGGCAGCUGGCAGGGCUGCCGAUAAAGCAAUUGCAGUGAACUGAGUGAAAAGUGAAGACAGAACAGCAAUGGAAAAUUUGUCCAAUUGUCGCAGGAGGUCACGGGCGAGCAGCACGAGCAGUGGCCGUGUAUCGCACAGUCAGCCUCAGCCGCCAAGUCAAUUCCAAAGCCAACCGCUCGAGGCUCCCAAGAUAAUCAUAAUACAUCCAGGAUCACAGCAUCUGAGAAUUGGACGUGCAGCCGACCUGAACCCGCUGACAAUGCUGCAUGCAGUCGCCUACAGACGCACAGUAGUGGAUGGGGUGGAGGGGAGGGAGAGGGAUCAGGAUUGUCCGCAUCAUGAUCCCUUACUGCCGCCACUGGAUAAUUGUAAUUUGGCCAAAUUGCAGCUGGAGUUUGAGGAGCAUCGACUAGCGGUAUCACGGAUACUACAACAUUGCAUUGUUGAUGAACAAAAUCGUUUAAGGGUCGCAACGCCGCCCCAGCAACUGGCCCACUUUAAUCGCAGCAGCGUGGCUGAGAAAAUUCCGCCGCCCGUUUCCGAGGAGUACAACAGGUGGAACAGUGAGCAGAGUAGUGUGCUGUAUGAUGAGCAUAUACUGCAGCUCAGCGCCAGCGAUGCCCGCAACUAUGACAUCCAUUUUCCCAUACAGCGUGGCGAACUCAAUGUGCAUAAGGGGAAGGGGGGAUCCCUGCAGGCGACACUCUCACAUCUGGAGAGGAUCUGGUCUUAUGCACUGGAGCAACGUCUGGGCAUACCACUCGAAGACCUAAGCACCCACAGUGCGGUCCUUGUUGUCAAUGAUGUUUAUGUGCGUCGCCAUCUGCGCGAGGCAAUGACGCUGCUCCUGCAACGCAUGGGAUUUCAGCGUUGCUUCCUAGUGCAGGACAGUGUGUCGGCCACAUAUGGCGCUGGCAUUGGCCAUGGCUGUGUUGUGGACAUUGGUGCACAGAAGACAUCGAUAGCGUGCAUUGAAGAUGGCAUUUCCCAGUUGGAUGCACGCGUUCGACUUGAUUAUGGUGGAGGUGACAUUGAUCAGGUCCUGUUGAUGCUGUUGCGCAAAUGUGGAUUCCCCUAUCGUGAGUGCUGCGUCCAGGACAGCUAUGUGGAUGCCCAGCUGCUGGACGAGAUCAAGGAGCGCUUCUGCCACUUGAAUGCCAGUGUUUGUGGAGCACAGGAAAAGCAUUUCACACUGCGCCAGGCGAAUGGACAGUGGCUGCGAUAUACGAUUCAAGUGGGCGACGAGGUGAUCAUGGCACCGCUCUCACUCUUUCACACGGAGCUCCUUAACAUCACCGGCAAAUGUCGAGCGGUGUACACACAGCAAUCUGCACAGGAUCAAUACGAUUGCGAGGAUUGCUUUGAUGCCGAAUAUUUACGGGAGACGGGUCGCAAAAAUGGUGUACGAUCUGGUGAUUUAAGCAUUCCACUAUCCACAGGAACUGGCACACCAAGUGCUAAGCUGCCCAUCACAGCUGAUGAUGAGGAGUUGAUUGUUGUCGACCAGGAUGACACCACAGUUAGCAGCAACAGCAACUCACUGCAGCAGCAACAACAACACCAACAACAGUUGCAGGCAAAGGCCAACAACUCUUGGUACUAUAAUGCCAGUGGUCAGGUGGUGUCGUUGGAUCAGGCCGUCAUCCGUGCUAUAGGGCGCUGUGUCAGCUACGAGACGCGCCGCAAGAUGUUUGGCGCCAUUCUUCUCGUUGGCAGUACGGCCAAGAUGCGGGGCCUCUCCGCCUGGCUGGAGCAGAGGAUUAGCCAACAGGUGCCGCCCGGUCUCGAGGUGAAUGUCUUUACCAAGGGCAUGGAUGUGGGCAUGGUCGCCUGGAAGGGAGCUGCCAUCAUGUCGGUGUUGGAGAGCUCCCGAGAACUGUGGAUUACCCAACGCGAAUGGCAACGUUACGGCUUGCGUAUUCUCCGAGAGCGUUCUCCCUUCCUCUGGUAACCCCCCUUCCCCUGCUAUGUACUCCUAUUCUAUAUUGGCUAUAACGCCGCUAGUUAACUUUUUAUAUCGAAUAUAUUCAUAGCAGAUGAUGAUUGUACCAUUUAUAUAAAUUUCAUCAAAUUUACAACUGCCAUUGAGAGUUCACUUAUUUCUCGAUCUGUAUAUGCUAAGGUGUAGCCUAUUUUGUAUUUAAAUUCAUUUUUAAAUUGAUUAAAAAGCAAAACUAUAUAUUA